GAUUAGCGACCAUGAGUGCGACGAAGGUGUAUUUUUUUCGCUAUUCGCGAGAACUUUACGACACUUUUUAGGUAAUGAAUGGGAUUACAUUUUUUUAAUCCACCACCACCCGUCGGCUGUAAAAAAAUUAGCGGCAAAAAAGCAGUGCAUUCAGGUCAGUUUUUGGUCUGGAAAACCGAUUGACCUGCGGCCACGGGUCUCAUGAAUGGGCAGGUCAGAAAAAGGUAAAAAGAUUGCAUAUAAAUUAAGCCAGCCACUCUGAUGCAACCAGCAAACGGAGUCAAGUAACCGCACAGUCAAGAUGCGUUUCAUCCAGCAAAACAAGCAAGUUAAAGAUAACUCCAAAGAGAAUCCCUCCCAGAACUCAAUGGAAUCACCACCAAAGUCACCCACCGCCGCAUAUGCAAUGUUCAUGCACCGCGAAGAGUUGAGGAGGAGGAAAAUCCAAGUCUCUCGGGUUUCAGCCACCAAAAUUCACCUGACCAGCGAACUAAUCGCUCGAACCAAGCAGAAUAUACGGCAGUGCAGCUUCGAGGAUCUGGAGAUUCUGGCCAGAGAGACGCUCUUCAAGAAGAAUCUGCAAAGGCAUCUCUACUAUCGACGCAUGCACAUCCAUCAACUGAUGCUGAGCAAAAAGAAGCAGCAGGCCAAGGAAAAGAAGUGAAGAGAUAAAUUUAAGAUAAAGAUAAGUUAUUUAGUAUGGUAACAGCAAAAGUGAUUUUUACAUGCAUAAAUAUUAUAAACCUAAAUUAAGAACAAUAAAACACCUAAAAAUUACAAAAACUGGAAUAGUCGAUAAAGGGAGAAAUGGGAAAACAUUUUCCUUCUAAGAAACUUUUUAACAAUGCCACCGAACCUCCUUUAAGUUCAUAAAUAGUCCUUUCCACUUUAAGUAAACGACCUCACCCAUUACAAUCAAGAAUAUCUGAGAUGCGGUCGAAAAGAUAUGGCUUAACCCAAACUAAAAACUUAAAUUAAACUUCAGUCAUUUGUAAAAGCCAAUGUGAAGGGACAAAUGCCCCUCACAUUCACUUCUUAUCUUUGCCCCGGCAAAAGUGCAAUUUUCCAUUUAAAUAUUUGAUUAUGUAUACGUAUACGUAUCAGUAUACGUAUAAGUAUUCCCCAGUCGUAAUUGUCAGAGAGCAAAGUGUCGGCGUCGACCUGCACUUGUAAUGGGUGUAAAAACAAAUUUGCACAUGAUUACCAAAAAACCCGGUUGGCAAAACUGCGAACAUUUAAUACAACUCAAACAAAAUGGGGGGCGUUGCAUAAAUUUGCACAGGCCAAGGGGGGGGUGUAGAAAAAUUCUUGCCUUUUUAGACUACAUAAAUUUUAAUUAAAUGUCACUCAUACGCCAUGUACGCCAAGCACAAUGUUGAGCCAUCGUGUAUUUGCCCGCGUGUGUGUGUCUGUGUGCGUGCAACGGAGUGGCGUUGGUGCGAUAGUGUGAGUGCUGUGUCUGUGAGUGGUGCGACAAAUGAAUGCACAUGAAAGUGGCGCACGAAUUACACUUUAUUGAACAGCAGCAGCACCAUCAGCAGCAGGAGCCAGGAUGGGGAGCCACGGACCAAGGACGGAGGACAAUGGCGACGAGAGUGGAGCUCAUCUAAAGCGAAGCGUAAA